UGUUGUCUCGUGACACGCGGUUAUCUCUAUCAGCUCUUGAAAGCUGUAUUUUCGGAGAGACUGAGUCAACAAAAAGACAGUUGUUCAGCAGCAUCGACGGAUAGCGCAUCGAAGUUGCGGAGCCAUGGUCGUCAUAAUGCAUAUAAACGAUAUUGCCCAGGGCUGGAACUGGCUCCUGUUGGCUAUCUGCCUGACUACAACUCUGGGCAGCACUGUGCCCGUUGGAUACUUCUUCGGUGUGCUUAACGCGCCCGCGGAGAUCAUCAAGGGCUGGUGUGACAACAUUUUAGCUAGCGAAUACGAUACGAAUACCAGUUGGAGCCAAUUGGAUUUGCUGUGGACAUGCAUAGUGUCCAUCUAUUUGAUUGGCGGCAUUGUGGGCUCCUGCUUUGGCGCCUUCUGCUGCAACAAAUAUGGACGUAAAGGCACCUUGAUCAUCAGCAGUAUUAUUCUCUUGAUCUGUGGCAUCUUAUUCACCUGGUGUCGUGCUGCCAAAUCGCUGGAGAUGCUGAUGACGGCACGUUUCUUCGGCGGCAUUGCCUCCGCUUUGAUUGUCACCGCCCAGCCCAUGUAUCUGCUUGAGUUGGCACCCGUCGAGCUGAGCGGCAGCGUUGGCGUCUUCACCUGCAUUGGCGUCACCGGUGGCAUAUUGCUGUCGCAGAUUGUCAGCAUGCCUCAGCUGCUCGGCACUGAAGAGAACUGGCCGUACGCCUUGAGCUUCUAUGCGCUGCUGGUGCUCAUUUGCCUGUUGCCACUGGUGGCGUUCCCCGAGAGUCCUCGUUGGCUGUACUUGGUCAAAGGAGAUGUUGACGGCAGCACGGCAGCCUUGCAACGUGUGCGUGGCGCACAGAGCAAUGUGCAGCAGGAACUCAACGAUUUGCACCUCACAUUACAGUCGAAUCAAAAGGCGAGCAGCAUUUGCGAAGUGCUCAAGGAUAGCGAACUCUUUCUGCCCUUGCUGCUGGUCUGCGCUUUUCAAGCCACACAGCAGUUGAGCGGCAUCAAUGCGAUCUUUUUCUACUCACUGUCCAUACUGACGAAGGCAGGCUUCUCCGCUAAUUUGGCCACUUGGCUGAACAUGGGUAUUGGUGGCUUCAAUUUGGUCGCUUCGCUUAUGGGUCCAGUGCUGCUGCGUAAGUUCAAUCGUCGUCCCUUGAUGCUGAUCUCUUGUGGCUUGUGUGCCGUCUCCUUAGCGGGCAUGUCCAUUUCCUUGUACUGCAUGCUGAGCACAGAGAGUAAUGCCUUGGGCAUUGUCAGCAUCAUGUUCAUCCUGACAUUUAUCCUUGGCUUUCAAUUAGGCCUGGGACCCAUUGCCUACUUUAUUGGCUCCGAGCUGCUUGAGGAUGCGCCGCGUCCAGUGGCCAUGUCUAUGGGCAGUUUGUUCUCCUGGAUUGGCAACUUUCUGAUUGGCAUGUGCUUUCCACUGCUGCAGAACGUGUGGAGCUCCUUUGCCUUCAUGCCGUGCAUGUGCAUUUGCUUGCUCUGCUUAUUCCUCACCUGGCGCUAUCUUCCCGAGACGCGUGGCCGAGAGCCCAAGGACGUGAAGCCGCUCAUGAGCCAAGGACUACGUUCAAAGUUCUGAAAUUACAACAUA